AUGACAAUUUUAUCGACAAGAAGGAAAUCUGUUCAUUUUAAAAAUUCAAAUUUAACAACCACAUUAUCUUUAUCAAAUAACAACCCUUUCAUAUCUACAAAUGAAGAUGAAUAUACAAAACGUGAUACUUCAUUAAAACAGAAACAUUCAGUUACAUUCGUGGACCAAAAUCUCGAAUUAGAAUCACCAAAAAUAAGUCCAACUGGUCCCAAUAAUAUAUUACAUGAAACAACUUUCAAUAAAUUUAAUAGAACCAGUAGUGGUAAAAUAUAUGAAAAAGAUUUUAAAGAUAUAUUUGCAUUAUUAAUAAUUUCAUUAUGUUUGAAAGAAAAUUCAACAGGUGAUUCAAAUAUAAAUGAUUCUUCCUCAACAUUUACAAAAAGAUUCAAAUUAUUACCUCAAAUUACUUCAUCAACAUCAUCAACAUCAUCAUCAAAAUAUCCAUAUACUUUUCAAUUAUCAACUGCUAUUCAAAAAAUGGAAGAUUUAAACUUAUCUAUAGAAUCACAAAAAACAAUAACGAAAAUAUCAUAUACUUUUAAAAGUGACACAGCUAAAAAUCUUAUAUUUAAAUUUUAUCAAGCUCAUUUUUUACAUUCUCCACAAGAUAGAACUAGAAAAGAACCAAAAAAUGGUGUAUUAUUACAACCUACUCCAAAGGGAUUACAAAUAGUUGAAUCAUUUUGUGUUAAAAUAGGUUUAAAAAAUGAUAAAUUUCCAAAAGUAUUAAAUGAUGCUUGUUUUAAUUCUAUGAAAUUAUUCAAUUUUGAAAGAGAUUUAUCUACUGAUAAGAUUAUUUAUUCCAAGUCAUUUUUAAAAAUUUUAUUGAUCAAACUUAUGGGAAUUAAACCAAAUUUUUGGUCACCAAAUAACAAACCUGAUUUAAUGUUGAAUAAAGUAGCUAACUUGGAAUCAAAAAGCAAUAACAAUAAUGAUCAAAAAUUUGAAGAUGAUGUAUUUACUCAAAAAUUCCUAAAGCCUAUAACACCAACUGAUUUAAAUGAUAAUGAGUUAACUCCAAAAAACUCAUCAACAAGUUCAUCAUCUACCUUAAGUCCUGAAUCCGUUAUUGGAGGUUUCAGUUUUACCAAAUAUCAAGAAAACAAAGACUUGGAAGAAUCAAAUGCAUCAGUUACAUCAAAACCCAAUACCACCACUUCAAUUAAAACCCAAUCCACAACUCUGUCUACAAGUUUAAUAAGUCCAUUUUACCACAAAUACUUUCUGAAUCCAGAAUCAGAUUCUCAUAUUCAAUAUUAUGUAUCAACUGUUGGUGUAAGAUUAAUUAAAAAUAAAAUAAUAGAAGAUCCAUCCACUAAGAAUAAAAAAAGUUUGGUUUUAGAUUAUUGUAUAAAUGGUAAAGCUAUGCUACAAUGGUUAAUGGAUUGUACUGAUUUAAUUCAAGAAAAACAUGCAUUGGAAAUUGCUAAUUUAUUUUUAAAAGAAAAUUUUUUAAAGGCAAUAAUUGUAAAUGAUCAACAAUUAGGUACAUUGGAUUCAUCUAUUUCAUUUCAUAAAGAAAAUUAUUAUAGAUUAACUGAAAAAGGUUUAUCAAUAUGUUCAUGGGGUAAAUCAUCUUCAUCAUUACCAAUUGUAAAUCAAGCAUCAACAACUAACGGUAUAUUACCUAAAAAAAUUAAUUCAACUCAGAAACAAAAUAUAACAUUAGAUUCAAUCCUUAAAGAUCCUGCAUUAAAAUUUCAAUUUAAAAAUCAUUUAAUUAAAGAAUUUUGUGUUGAAAACUUUGAUGCAUAUUGCCAAUUAGAAAAUUUUAAUAAAAAAUUGAAAAUUUAUAAAGAUCUUAAAAAUUUAUCAAAAAUUAAUGAAGAUGAAGAUAUUUUUAAUACUAAUGUUUCUAAAAAAUGUUCAAAUCAAAAAAAUAUAUGUAUGUCAUUAGCUUAUCAAAUUUUUAAUAUUUUUAUAAAUUCUGAACUGUCAUAUAUGAUAAAUAUUAAUUAUAAGUUAAGAUCUAAAAUUAUUAAUUUAUUGAUUGAUAAUAAUUUUAAUUCUAAUGAAAAUGAAAUUAAAGAAACUGAUUCAAUUUUAUGUUUAAAAACACCAAUUGAUGAAUUUAAAAAAUUUGAUGAAAGUAAAUUUGAAGAAGAACAGGAGCAAGAGCAAGUUGAAACAGAUACAUCAGAUAAAGUAUUAGAAGAAUUGGAAAAUUUAUUUAACCAGGUCAAAGAUCAUUUAUACACUUUAAUGAAUAUAGAUUCAUUACCUAAAUUCCUCAAUAAUUUAAAUUAA